ACUGAAUAGGUCCCUUUACCUGACCUGACACGAUGUCAGACUUUAAAACCAAACCAACACUCACACUCUCUCUCUUCCCAUGUGCCCAACACAUCAGUGCGGACGUCGAAACUGCCUCUUAACCAAAUUUAAUAAAACCACUUGGUUCCGCUCACCGCUCUGUGCUCUUCCAAGUUCCAAUCUAAUCCAUUCAUUCGGCAGAAAAGUUCGUAACUCAGUCAAACCUGCAACAAACCAACGUCUCUGAAACUGAAACUAAACACUCACUCACUCACUUACCACGCGCUUUUCUUUCAAUGCAAGAAACCGUUUUUCUUUUCGGAGUAAACUAAGCUUCAUUCCUCUCUCUCCAAGUGGAGCUUUCUUUUGGAUGGGAAAAGGGUUUGCAAAAUGUGAGGGCCUCACUGCUUGUUAGGUUGUGUUUGUGCUGAUCUACACUGUUGAUAUAAAGAUUCCAAGAAACUGAUAAGGCCUGAUUCUAUACCAGUCCAGCAUAUAUGGCCUCUACUAUUGGUAUUACUAGUGAUGAUUCCAUGAUUGUUGAGAAGCUCCCAGAGGAGAUUAAUGAAAUGAAGAUCAAGGAUGAAAAGGAAAUGGAUACUGCAAUGGUGGAUGGAAAUGGAACUGAGACUGGCCGUAUUAUUGUGACUACAAUUGGUGGUCGACAGGGUCAACCCAAACAGACUAUAAGUUACAUGGCAGAACGUAUUGUUGGACAAGGAUCAUUUGGUAUUGUGUUUCAGGCAAAGUGUCUUGAAACAGGAGAAACUGUGGCAAUCAAGAAAGUUUUGCAGGAUAAAAGAUACAAGAAUCGUGAAUUGCAAACAAUGCGCCUUCUUGAUCAUCCCAAUGUUGUGUCACUCAAACAUUGCUUCUUUUCUACCACAGAAAAAGAUGAACUCUAUCUCAAUUUGGUACUAGAAUAUGUACCUGAGACUGUAUAUCGUGUGGUGAAGCAUUAUAGCAAGGCAAAUCAGCGGAUGCCCCUGAUAUAUGUUAAACUUUACACAUAUCAGAUUUGUAGAGCUUUGGCUUAUAUUCAUGGAUGUGUUGGAGUGUGCCACAGGGACAUUAAGCCACAGAAUCUACUGGUUAAUCCUCAUACUCAUCAAGUCAAGCUUUGUGAUUUUGGAAGUGCAAAAGUUCUGGUCAAGGGUGAGCCAAACAUAUCAUAUAUCUGCUCUCGAUACUAUCGAGCUCCUGAACUCAUAUUUGGGGCAACUGAGUAUACUACUGCAAUUGAUAUGUGGUCUGUGGGUUGUGUGCUUGCUGAGCUGCUCCUGGGACAGCCUCUGUUUCCCGGAGAAAGUGGAGUCGAUCAACUUGUUGAAAUUAUCAAGGUUCUUGGAACUCCAACCCGCGAGGAAAUAAAAUGCAUGAAUCCAAAUUAUACAGAGUUUAAGUUCCCUCAGAUCAAAGCUCACCCCUGGCAUAAGAUAUUCCAUAAGCGUAUGCCCCCAGAAGCAGUAGAUCUUGUUUCAAGGCUUCUCCAGUAUUCCCCUAAUUUACGAUGCACUGCUUUAGAUGCAUGUAUCCACCCAUUUUUUGAUGAACUCCGUGACCCUAACACCCGUCUCCCUAACGGUCGCCCUAUGCCACCGCUCUUUAAUUUCAAACCUCAAGAGCUGAAGGGAGUGACUUUGGAGCUGCUAUGCAAACUUGUUCCAGAACAUGCUCGGAAGCAGUGUCCAUCCCUUAAUUUCUAGACACCUAACAUAACCCUUGAUUACUAUUAUGUGGACCUUCUGUGAUAUUUUGUCAUGUUUGUCCUACAUGUUUUUAUAAGAAAAGUCGAAAAGACAACUGCAUCAGUUAUCUUUACAAUCAGAUACUUGGCUGACAGAUGCAUUUGCUUCUUGUUAUUUCACUGUUUUGUCUGUAGAGACAUUUGUUCUAUUAUUAUAAUUAUUGUUUGUGGUCUUUAA